UGCGCUGCCAUGCCGCAUCAGCUUAGCUAGCGCCUUCACGUGCGCAUGUGCUCGCUAUAUUAUCCAAAUCGCAAAACCAUCCAAGGCGCGCGGCCUCACCAACCACCACGCAAACCCAUUGUUAAUUAAUUAGCGGCACACUGUCACGGCGCAUUAUUUGCUAGCUCCAGUGACAGCUCACUCCUCUUCUUGCUGCUGAGGGCUUAGCUAGCCAGUCCACCUCGUCGGUGUGUGUCGGUGUAGUCUAGCAGCUGCGGCGGGAGGAGGAGUUGCCGGCCGGAGAUGGCAGCGGCGGCGCAGCGGCUUGUCGCCGCUGUCGUCGUCUUGGUGGCCUGCCUGGCGUUGCCGGCGGCGCGGGGGCUGAACAUCACGGCGAUGCUGAACGGGUACCCGGACUACAAGAUGUUCAACAAGUACCUGUCGGAGACGAAGGUGUGCGACGAGAUCAACGCGAGGGAGUCGAUCACGCUGCUCGUCCUCGGCGACGGGCCAAUGUCGACGCUCGUCCUCGACGCCGACCAGUCGCUGGCGGGCAUCAAGAACGCGCUCCGCCUCCACGCCAUCCUCGACUACUUCGACCCGAAGAAGAUCCGUGGCCUCCCCGACGCCGACACGAUGACCGACACGCUCUACCAGGCCGGUGGGGACGCCGCCGGCAAGAUGGGCAACGUCAAGAUCUCCACCCUGGACACCGGCAAGAUCGCCUUCGCGUCCGCCAACCCGGGGGGAAAGUACGAGGCCACCAUGGUCAAGGCCAUCAAGCAGAUGCCGUACAAGCUCUCCAUCAUGGAGAUCUCGGCGCCCAUCGAGUUCGACGGCCUGUUCGACACGCCGUCGGCGACCAACCUGACGAGGCUGCUGGAGAAGGCCGGGUGCAAGCGGUUCGCGUCGCUCAUCACCAGCACCGGCGUGCUCAAGACGUUCGAGGAUGCCAUGGACAAGGGGCUCACCCUGUUCGCGCCCAACGACGACGCGUUCGACGCCAAGGGCGCCCCCGACGUCAAGAAGAUGCCCAGCGCCGACCUCGUCACGCUCCUCAAGUACCACGCGCUGCCGUCGUACAACCCCAAGCCGACGCUCAAGACGGUGUCGCGCGCCAUGCGCACGCUGGCGUCCACCGCGUCGGGGAAGUACAACAUCACGGUGGACACGCGGGGCGACGCCGUGACGCUCAACACGGGCGUCGACAAGUCCCGCGUGGCGGCCACCGUCAUCGACGACACGCCGGUGUGCGUGCUCACGGUGGACAACCUCCUCAUGCCGGUCGAGCUCUUCGGCGACGCGCCGGCGGCGGCCCCGAGCCCGGACGACGCGGCGCCCGCCCCGUCGCCGUCGGUCGCGGACGCGUCUCCGCCGGCGCCGCCGCCGGCCGACGCGCCGUCGAAGCCGGCGGAUCACAAGGAAAUGAAGGCGUCGUCCGCCGUCGCGUUGCGGUCAGUAGUGCUCGGCGCAUUAGCCGCGGCCGUGUGUUCCUUCGUGCUGCUUUAAGCACAAGUUUUUUUUUCCCUUUCUUCCAUGUCCAGUGCCGGUGAUUGUGAUUGCACGAGCUGCAUUGCCAAUUAUUCCUCUGUAUAAUGCGAGCAAACUGUGUACAUUUUGUUCUAAUUCUGAUAUCCUUUUCUCCGAAUCGUCUGCGCCAUUUCGGUGCGGUGAAUUUGGAAGAAUUCAUGUCGCGUUGAGCUGUACAACUGUA